GCAACGAAACAACAGUCAGUGUGAAUCAAAAUGGCGAGCGUGACGACGGUUUGCGGGGGCUCGCUGCGCGUUUCGGCCGCGCUCGCGUUUCUCUGAACAGGACGCGCGCGAUAAUGCGAUCCACGUGACUCGCAGCGUCACUCGCGAUCGCGAAAUCGAAGAGCCCGUCGCGCAUUUUUCAACGCAGUGCGCAAACACAUCGACCGGAUAUAUACGUGUGACCAGCAGCAGUCCAGCGCGAGCAGACACCAAGCACCCUUCCUGCCUCUCUCUCUCUCUCUCUUUCGGACGAUCGACGUACGGGGUGACAUCGGGCGCCAAAUUUCCCUGCGGCUAAUCAUACAUCCAGAUGACGCGAUGACGCUACAUUGGUGGAUGCACUGGUUUUGGGUUACCGCGCAAUUUCUUGUUAUUCUCGGAAGUCCCUUGCCCUCCAGCACGUCAGAUCCCAUUAAUCAGCAGUCUCAGUCAUCCUCGAGAACGACAUCCCCAUCGAUCGAGACGGAACAUAUCUAUCGCUCAUCGAAGUCACCCAGACCGAGUUUUCGCAUCGCCAAGGCCAUUGGUUUUUAUCCGCAGACGAAUACGGCCGUGGUGGCCGACAGGCAACCCGUCACCACCGUCGCUUCGUCGUUAUUGGAAUCGCGUGGAAGUACCGGUCCCGGGACGACUGGUCACGAGGACAUCGACGAGUCGAGUUUCCGCGGGAACAUCUCCGGCGUUUUGCCGCUUGGUGUAACGACACCGGCGCAGCACAUCAUCGAGAGGAUCAGGAACCCGACCACGAAGAAGGAUAGUAAGAUCACGUGGAUUCUAACGACGAGCAAGUCGUCAGGUAGAUCCAAGCCUCUCCACGAGGAGAGGUACAAUCAGUCGAGCGGCGCCGCCAGAAACGUCAGUUUCGACGAGGUCGAAGAUCUCACCGUGUUACCUCUGCAAGAGGAGAUGACCAAGAUCGACCUGUCGCUAAACAGGACGAGAUCUUCUCCCUUAAUGUCCUUAUCCGCGGCCGGUGCUACCAGUAACGUCGCGAUCAGGACAAUGUUCAAUCGAUCCGAAGACGAGAGCGAGAUUGACGAGGAGGUGGCCCAGACGCAGCACUUUGCCACAGCGGCGUCUAUCCUUGAAGUUGGCGUGAGCGAAUCCACUCGUCUGAGCAGAGCAAGAGAUACCUUCAUCACGCAACACUUCCAGAGGGAUCAAAUGCAGGGAGACAAUCGAUCUUCCGAUUAUACCGAUAAAGCGGAGCAGCAAAAUUCAGGGACAUCCGCCGCGGGUAUAGCCGCUAUAACGGGCAGUUGUUUAGCGACCGUGCUACUACUCAGUACAAUGGGUAGUCUUGGAUUUAUUAUAUACAGGCGCAAGUACUUGAAUCCUCCGCAAACAUUAAACAGUGAUAAAUGCAGUAAUCCCGAUAGUUCCGGUUAUAUCGACGAUUCCACCAUUCGCGAUAACUCGGAGGAAAUGUACAGUCUGGAUAAUGAUUCGUUCCUAAAUUCGCUGGAAGCGAUGACAAUACAGAAUUACUGGACGGACAGUGUAAAGCAUACGAAACUAUGACAAAAGAAGAUAACCCAUCCUGGCAGGAGAAUCGAAACGUUCAGCAUUUCCGAUGGUGAAGCGCACGAGCAAAUCUCUCUGCUCGAGCAAUAGUACUUACACUAGUCCGUGUGUAUUCUGGUUAUUGCGCGAAAAGUUUUGUCGACUAAAUGCAGCGCAAGUUUACGAGAAUCGUUAAUUAGUCUCAAUGGGCUGUAUCAGGGAGGAUAAGCUAUCUUGAACGUUACCAUUGUGUACGUAAGAAAGUAGAUCAAAAAUUUGCGUAAGCAUUGAUUUACAUAACUUCUUCAUCGUCCUUAUAUUUUUCUACGACGCAUCCGAUCGGCAAAGUCACAAGCUUAAGCGGCAAGUGGCGCAAUUAUUCCUCUCAAAUAUUUCCAUUAACGAUAUAUAGUGCAAUAAAUAAACAAAAAUCGAUGUACUUUAUAUUAUUAAAUUAAUACAAUAACUCUCCUCUAUUCUGUCUAGAAAAGUAAGAGUACAAAUAAGACUAUAUUAGUCCAUAGCUAGAAUUUUCGCUAAAUUAAAAAGAAAAUAAAUAAUUAAUAAG